UUCUUUUAAAAUGAUCUUUCAUUCAGAGGCAGAGUCAUUCGAUGCAGAGCUGUUAGGGGAUGCAGCUCCUGAAGAUGCUAGAGCUAUUUUUCUUUUUAUGCAAGCAGGUCGUCAUCUUCAUCGUCUAAGAAGAGGUUCCAUGCAAGGUUCAGAAUUACAUGAGAAGACUUCAUUGAAAAGGGUCAUUAGGAUUAUUGAAUUUGGGCAACCAAAUGCAGGGGAUGCAAAUCAGAUCGCAUUCAAUUCAAGCAUUGGUGUUCCCACCCGUACACACAUUCCGAUCACCUACACAGACUUUCGGCAGGUGCCUCCACAGUACAUUCAGAGGGUCAGUGAUAUCCUGGCAUGUAGUUAUGAAUUUCAGGAUAACCAAAAAGCAUGGCCACAAUACGUUCGUGAUCGCUGUAUUGCCGCUUGGAAAAAUUUCAAGAACAAUUUGCAUAAAAAGCAUUUUAAGGACAAGGAUCCUGCAGUUGUGAAAUCGUAUCCCGCCCCUAUUGGUGUCUCUAUUGAGGAUUGGAUGAUCUUCAUGGAUUAUUGCAAUACUGAUAAAUUCAAGGAAUCAAGUGUAAGAAAUGCAUCCAAUCGGGCCAAACAAGUUGGCCCUUCUACACUUGGUCGGCGUAGCAUGGCUGCCACACGUCAUGAGAUGGCAAUUAAGAGGAAUCUUACUACUGAUGCCGAGGUUGGUAGGACUGAGGUGUACAUCCGAGCCCAUACAACAAAGGAUAACAAGGUGCAAUUUCCAGAAACCUUUGAAAAAAUAAAAUUGAUUCAAAGUAGUAAUCCUGCAUCUCGGAUGACCAGUGUAGAUGAUGCCCUUACACAGUAAAUUGGGAGUGAUAGUAGAGGGCGCAUGCGGGGGAUAGGUGGAAAUGUAGGCAAGAUUGCAUUGAAGAAGACAAUGCCUAUUGUACAGAAGCUUGGUGCGGUGUCACGAGAACGAGAUAAUUUGAUAGAUGAAUUAAGUGAAGUGAAGAAAAGCUUGGGAGAUCUCCACUAGAAGGUUAAUUGCUUUGUAGAUAAGUAAGGGGAACAAAGGGAUGUGGCUUCACUGACAAUUCCUCCAUUUAAAUCUAGUCAUGCA